CUCCUCCCUCCGGAGUUGCUCGCUCUGCUGUCAUGCAUCGGAAUGAGAAACCCCAAUUGUAGUACGAUGCAGGGCGGGCGGAAGUUGACCAACACUUUUUUUCGCUUUGAAAGAAAUCACGUUUCAAGGUGGAAUACCGUGCGCGCGUGAAAGCGGAUUCGCAUUUGUGGAAGGCGCAUUCUCUCCGCUUGAUGGGAAGGGCGAAGCGGAAAAAAAGGGGAAAGCUCUCCGCUCAGCUCAUGCGCCAAGCCGAACGCUCAUCGCGGCCGCGGGGCUCCCUGUUUGCGGGUAAAAUGUAGCGCGUCGCCGCGGAGAACUCGGAGCAUGUAAAAGGAAAGCCACCCGAGCUCGACACCAAGCGCGAUAUGUCUGAUGUGACGGCGAGCAAGAGCGUGGAAUGGCUGCAAGUGGAGUUGGACUCGGGCGCCUCUUCGGUCCUCCUGCUCGACUGCCGCGCACACGAGCUGUACGAGUCGUCUCACAUUGAGGGCGCUAUCAGCGUGGCCAUCCCGGCCCUGAUGCUCCGCAGGUUCAAGAAGGGCAACAUCCCCAUUCGGACCAUCAUUCCCAACCACGAGGACAAAGAGAGUUUCACGCGAAGAUGUCGAACGGACACGGUGGUUCUGUACGAUGAGAGCACCGUCGGUUGGUCGGACAGCGGCCCCCCGUCGUCCGUUUUGGGUUUGCUUCUCCAAAAACUCCACGAGGACGGCUGUAAAGCGCACUACCUGGAGGGUGGCUUUGUAAAAUUCCACACAGAGUACCCAGAACACUGUGAGACGCUCCUCGACAGCUCCUGUCCGAGCUCCUCUCCUCCGCUCUCCUUUCUGGGUUUUGGAAAUUUGCGGAUCAGCUCUGACUGUUCAGAUGGGGAAUCUGACCGAGAACCCAGCAGCGCCACUGAGCCAGAGGAGAGCCCCCUUCCCAGCAAUCAGCCAGCCUUCCCAGUUCAGAUCCUGCCUUACCUUUACCUGGGCUGUGCCAAAGACUCGACCAACAUUGAUGUGCUGGGACAACACAACAUUAAGUACAUCCUGAACGUCACACCCAAUCUGCCCAACAUGUUUGAACACGAGGGCCGUUUCAGGUAUAAACAGAUCCCUAUUUCAGAUCACUGGAGUCAAAAUCUAUCCCAGUUCUUCCCAGAGGCCAUAUCAUUUAUAGACGAAGCUCGGUCCAAGCAGUGUGGCGUUCUGGUGCACUGUCUGGCUGGCAUCAGCCGCUCGGUUACCGUCACCGUGGCUUACUUGAUGCAGAGACUCAACCUGCCGCUCAACGACGCCUACGACUUUGUUAAGAGAAAGAAGUCCAACAUUUCCCCCAAUUUUAACUUCAUGGGCCAGCUGUUGGACUUUGAGCGGACGCUGGGCCUGCGCAGUCCCUGCGACAACCGCGCCACCGGCGAGGAGCAGCUCUUCUUCACCACGCCCACCAAUCACAACGUCUUUCAGCUGGACACACUGGACUCGUCUUGAACGUCGAUGGUGGUGGUGGUUUUACCUUGUCGGCUUCCUGACGUCUCUGCAACUUUGGCAGAGAACAAGCCCAAGCCAUAUUUGAGUCAGACGCUGUCGGAUGCCUUUUUACCUAACACGAGGAGAAAUGUGUUCAUCAGUACAUGACCAUCUAUCAUGUACUGCCAUAUUAGCCAUAACGUGUCCAAAUAUAUCUGGUGAGAUUGCUUUUUGACUUCCUUGUUUUUGUUUCAUUAGAUUUUUUUUUUUUUAAACCAGCUUUCUUUUAAUUAGUAAUGACUGCUGCUUCAAUUGUCUUAAUAGUCUUUGUCAAUCAGAAUGUUUUGCAACUGAGGGAAAAUAAGCUACUCCAGUCAUCCGGCCUUGAAUUUCUGUCCCUUUUUUUUUCAGUCUGUUGACCGUUCAGCCGUUGUGCGGUUGAAAUAAAGCGCCGCAGUGGGUCCUCUUUUAAGUCUGAAUGUUCUCACUCACACUUUUUAACAACAGGAAUGUAACUGUAAGUGGCUGCAUACUCCACAAGCACCUUUGGAAGCAUGUAACACUGCUCUUCAUUCCGUUUCUCACAAACGACUGAAUUUGCAUGACUGUGUUCCACCUUGUGCCGCAGAUCUUGUUUAUAUCAUGAAAUCGUGAAAUUAAGCUUGCGGAACUGGACCAAGGUUUUGUCAUCUUUUCACAAAAGUGUAACAGGAUUACUUACCCUCAAAAAAUAACGGACAACUUUGCGCCUUCUUUUGUAUCCUUGAGCGUAUUGUGUCCGGAGCGCCUCCCUCUGUGGCACAAUGUCGCUGAAGGGAAACGCGAUGGCACACGAUUAACCAUCUCUGCCCCCCCGGGCCUCCGAGCUAGUGAGAAUGAAAGUUGGACAAACGUGUUCUUACCUCACCGAGAGCUCUUUUUCAGGGAUUUUUGUAGGCAUCUCUAUCAUGUCAAGUGCAUUAAAGGGCUCUUUUGGUUGCUACGUUUGUCAAGAUGUACAUAGAGUCAAUUGUAACUGGGGGACCCUUUUCUCAAAAAUAAUGAAGGAUCGAACAGUGACUUGAUUCUGACCCUUAUGUAUAGUGUCUGAACUAAAAUGUCCGAAAUAUUCUGUAUAAGUUUAUAUGACAAAUAUAUUGUAUAUUUUUACUUGAA